AUGGACCAACUCCUACGUCAUGAGCUGGCAAGUAAAGUCAGCACUCCAAGCUACACCACCACAUCUUAUCCUGGAUCGCCUGCCACAAGUUUCCGCAACGGAAGCUUUCUGACCAAUAUUGGAAAAUCAUCAUAUCGAGGGCUUGACAAGCACAGACAAGGUCUAGGCAGAGCUUCGCCUGCAAAGUCUGAACUGGCUGCCAUAAAAAACACUCAAUUUUCCACCUCGGUGCCAACCCAUACUCACGAGAAGUUUAGAUUCAGUUUCUCUGGUAAUGGCAACAACAACUAUAGCAAUAACAUCAACAUCAAUAACAAUAACAACAACAAUAAUAAUAACAACAAUGACAAUUAUAAUAAUACAAAGGACCACAGCUCGUCUGUUCAUCUCUCACAUUUACUAUUAAACGAGGAAGAAAGUAUUGAAGGGCUAUGGAAAUUAUAUAACAAAGCAAAGGACUCUUUGCCAUACAAGACACGGAUGGAGAACUUGACUUGGAGAAUGAUGUUUUUAAAUACAAGUGGAGGUGAAACGAGUAGCACUCUAGAUUCAGAUUCAGAUAUAAGAGAGAGACAAGGUCAUAGCCUGGGCCAUAUGCAAAGUUGGAGUUUGGGUCCAAGUGGUGGUAAUAGUGUUCAUUCGAGUUUGGGCUCGGGAGGGCAUGCAACUGAAAGCCGUGAAAGCUGUGGAAGCCGUGGUAGCUUUGGCUUAAAACGUGGUGACGAUAACGACACCGAGCCACACCUCGACAAUUUUAAGCCACAGCGCGGUAAUAGGCAUACCCCCGUCGCAAAUACGCAAUUGCAGCUGCAAUUUAAUUUGCAACUGCAACUGCCACUGAAUAGGGUUAAUUUUCAUAGCAAUGACGCUUCCUCUGACCCGGGAGCUGAGGAUUUCGAUUAUGUGGCUCACAUUAGAAAAAUGGGCGCUGCCGAUACACAUGUCAGAUUUAACAGAAAACAAGAUAAUAGUAGAGCAAGAAACAAUCAACAGUCUAAUCAGAGGUGGUCCAACUCUAACAAUCAUAACCAAAACCGCAGCCACCAGGACGAAUCUUUUAGCGGGGGAAUGACCUCAAUAACCAGCUAUCCCAAAAUGAGAACUGCUCCGUUUUCACCAGGAUUGAUGGGAAACAAGCCGCUGUCAAACCUAUCUCAACAACUACAUGCCAACCGCAACCAUCAUCACCAACAAAAUCAACAACAACAUCACCAACAACAUCAUCAUCAACAACAACAACAACAAAAUCAGCUGCAUAUGGACUUUGCAAAUUCGCAUUUUGACUCAGCACUGUCCAUAAACGGGUUUCAUGACCAAAAUUUGUCUAAUAGGCACCACAAUCAAGUUGGUAGUGAUAUACCAUCUGUUCAUGCCAGCUUCGAUCUUGAUCCACACUCUUCUGCAUUUGAAUUUUCAUUAGACCCACUUGCAUAUGAAGGCCCCAACACAAAUUUCCAGGGUACACUCAACCCACAUUCAUACCACGAUAGUCUUACUUCCUCGUUUGACAAUCCUUUCUUUGAUGAUAUGAUGAAUUCAUCUGCAAGUCAUAUUCCAACAGCAUCAACUUCUGUACCUACAAUUGUGCCAUCAGUAACACAUCGCUCAUCAACUUCUUUAAUGGAACAAGGUCUAUUCAACCAACAAAGUCAUUCAAAUAUGUUUGACGAAUUCAGUGCCCAUCCACUGUUGAAAUCUUCAGGUUCUGUGCCGGUUCCCAUGACAAAUACUGGUACUACAACACCGACAAAUUUGAUACGCGAAGAGUCGUUGGUAUCUUUACCAGAGUAUAAUCUGAUUUACCAAUUCUCCAACUCAUCACAGCAAUUUUCCGAUCCGAUUCAGCAAUUUGCACCAAAUAGCAAUCCACUCAUCAAUCGAUCGCAAAGUCAGACGCCUAUUGGUCAAAUGAGCAAAACACUAUUCAACAAUGACCCACUUUUAAGUCGAAACACAAGUAUGGAUUUCACGUUACCAAGUCAAAACGAAGAUCUGAUAGAUCCAUUGUUGAAAGACAAGUCGCCAGCUGACUCGCUCAAGAAGCGGAAGCUGAAAAAUAGUAAAACAACAACAACAACAUCUUCAUUAGCAGCACCUACAACAACAACAACAGCAACCGCGACGACGACAGGAGGAAUAGGGGGAUUGGGAGGCGCGGCAACAAGUAGGGUUUCGAAAAAGGGUGUUAGUCCUUCAGAAUCUACAAGCACGGGAACCGGAUCUGGAUCUGGCUCAGCAAAACACCACAACAAUAAUAACAAAACCAACAAAAACAAUGACAAAGACAAUUCUGGAGAUAAUUCGGGUGUUUCGUGCUCAAAUUGCCAUACUAAAACUACACCGUUAUGGAGACGUAAUCCUCAAGGACAGCCAUUAUGUAAUGCAUGCGGACUAUUCCUUAAACUCCAUGGAACUGUUAGACCUUUGAGUUUGAAAACAGAUGUGAUUAAAAAGAGACAACGUGGUGGCACUAAUAAUGGCAAUGGUGGUGCCAGUGGGGAUACCAAAAACGGAUCAGACAAUACCAAGAACAGUAACAAUUACAACAACAACAACAACAAUAAUAACAAUAAUAAUAAUGGUAAUAACAAUAAAAACAGCAUCAAGAACAAAAAGGAUAUGGCAGACGGUGAUGAUCUUAACCCUACUUCGAUCAAGCGGGAGGAUAAAAAAAGUGUUAGCAGUGCAUCAAAUAGUACUGCUUCUGCAGGUACCGUUUCUACUAAUUCCACUACCGUUGGUGGUGGUGCAGUAAGGAAGAGACGACCAAGCAUGAGGAGAAAUAAGCUGAGUCAAAAAUUAGCAGAGAGUAUGCUUGCAAAGAAUAUAGACUCUAGUCUAGGUAUAAGCUCAGAGUCAGCACCGUUUGUGUCUUCGUCAUUACCCAACAGCACCAUUUGGAGAGCGCGUGGAGAAAACGACGUAAUGUCUUACGCCCAUCCUAAUGAUGUACCUACAGACUUUAACUUUCAUUCGUCGGCAUCAUCGGUCUCCUUAUCUCGUCAAAACGCACAAUUUUCGAAUUACUCUUCAAUAGCAAAAAUGGAAUUGGAUUCUCCGUCGGGUAAUAGAAUGAGCUAUUCACUGGCAACGCAAAGUGUUGAAGGUAUGGGUGGCAUGAAUGGCAUGGGCGGAAUGGGCGGAAUGGGCGGAGUUGGAGGAAUUGGAGGAAUGUUUGUUCAACAAAAUGGCACUAAUGACGAUGACUCUCAUUCGCGCAUGGAUAUUACUAAUGAUGAUGGUAGCUUAAACGAUUGGGACUGGCUACGCGCCAACUACUAA